CUUGACCAUUUGAUUGUUCGCGACAUCGACUUUUUUCCCGUGUCGUUCGCCUCGUCGCCGUUCGUUCUUCAUUCCCCUUUCCACUCGCUGUUUGUUAGUUAGUUGGAGUCACUCUGUGCAGUUAGCCAGGGCUUUUGAUUGUUCUCUUACAGCGGCAUUGUUGUUGCAGCCGAUUUAUUCUUCCACGCCGCAUCUUUAACCCCUCCACAAAAUACGAAACAUGUCGGCUUCCGAGCAACAAUCGUCGAGUCUGCCUUUUGGCCAGAACAUCGCCCUUGGUGAUAUUAGCGGUCCUACCUACCUGACUGCUCAGACUCUGGUUCAGCAGGUCGCAUACACCCUCUCGGACAAGAUCUUCUCGUACUCACCCGAGACCUUCGACCUCGAUGUCGCCGCAAAGAGCUGGGAAAGCGCCGGUGAGCAGAACGCUCACGGCUACAAGACCGGCCUCGCUUCCAUGGAGACUCGCUCCGGUGCUGGUUCAAUCGCUCUUGGUUACAUGUUCUCCAAGGACUUUGAUCUGAAGAAGCGUCACAUUCCUCAGUCCAUCGUCGCCUCGUCUGGCAGUCUGGUCCACUUGCGUUCCGCCCUCGAUCAAUUGGCCCUGCUCUACAACGUUGCUAACCCAACCGUUGCUCACGUCGCCGCUGUCGACUAUGCCGCCAACUCUUCCACUGGUCUUGUCACCGACUACGUCUCGGCCCUUCGUCUCGCCGAGGAACUCGGCCUCGGUCUGGUUGCCAGCGCUUCCACUUACGAGAUGCAGCACAUGUCGCUCUUCGCUACCCUGAUGGCAUCCAUCGUUCCUUCUCUCCACGUCUACGACGGUAUCACCGUUGGCAGAGAGACCACCAGAAUCAUUGAUGUUCUCGACAAGUCUGGCUUGAAGAAGACUUACGACGCCAUUCUCGGCGACUCAUCCUUGACCGAGAAGAAGCACUCUGACAACGAGGGCAGAGUCAGCCGUCUCUUGAAGGCCUUCAACAACGAGCUCGGUACCGAGUACAAGCUGUUCGAAUACUCGGGUCACGCUGAGCCUGAAUCCGUUCUUGUCGUUUUCGGUACCGUCGAGGCUUCUCUGGCUUCCCAGAUUGCCCGCGCUCUCUCCGAGAAGGGUGUCAAGAUUGGCGUUAUCAACGUCCGUGUGUACCGCCCCUUCGUCGAGGAGGAGUUCCUCGAGGUCCUUGCUCCUUCCGUUCAGAACAUUGCUGUUCUUGGCCAGGUCCUUGACCAGUCUGCCGUCACCGACGAGACCGAGCACUCCAACCUCUACAGUGACGUUCUUGCUGCCCUCAGCUUCGCUACCCUCAACAAGACUCCCGCUGUCUUUGACAUCAAGUACGCCAGAGAGCAGGUUUGGACUCCCACCUCUGUUGCUGGCCUUCUGCAGCAGAUUGGUCAGAAGAUCGACCACGCACCUUCUGACGAAGAGCGUUUCGAGCUUCCCACUGGCGGCCUGCAACAGUACACCUUCUGGGACGUUGACAGCUCCAAUGCUGCCUCUGCUCCCAUCAUGGUUGGCCAGCUUCUUUCUGGUGACUCUAAGCUCAAUGUUAGCGUUCGCAGCGGCCAUGACAACCUCGUUGCUGGUGGUGCCAUCCGCACUGAUAUCAGAACUUCGGCUAAGUCUAUUGAGGCUGCUUACUCAGUCAGCUCCGCUGACGUCGCUGUCGUCAAUGACCCUAGUCUGCUGAAGAGCUUCGACGUUCUCAAGUCCGUCAAGGAUGAGGCCACUGUCAUUCUCAAGCUUUCUGGCGUCAAAGAUGAUGAAAUCGAGAAGAGCCUCUCUACCGAGGUUCGCAAGGCUCUUGCCUCCAAGAAGAUUCAGCUCUUCGCUAUCGACACUGCCGCUUCUGCCAAGGUUGAGGAGCAGCCUGAAUUGGAGAGCUACCUUGUGCAGCUCGCUUUCCUUAAGAUUGCUCGCAACGACCUCUACGAGACUGGCGUCAAGAAGCUUGCUGGUGGCAACGAUGCUCUCGAGGCCCUCUCCAAGGAGCUCGAUGAGGUCGUCCGCAAGGUCGAGGUUCCCGAGUCUUGGCUCACUGUUGACCCCGAGGCCAACCAGCCCCCGCUCAUGCCUGAGGAUCUGAACAUUAACAGCUUCAUCAAGUUCGACAAGGAGGAGCCCGAGGAGGAGUACCUGCUUAGAGAUUGGGAGAAGGUUGCCAAGGGUCUUGCAUUCAAGGAGGCUUACGGUACUCAGAAUGCUCUGCGUCCUGACCUCAGCGUCAAGACUGCCGUCGUUACCGUCAAGGAGCGCCGUCGUCUUACUCCUAGGACUUACGACCGUAACAUCUUCCACAUCGAGUUCGACCUUGGUGAGACCGGUCUUACCUACGCCAUCGGUGAGGCUCUCGGUAUCCAUGCCGAGAACGACAAGGUCGAGGUCGAGGAGUUCAUCAAGUGGUACGGCCUCAACCCUGAGGAGGUUGUCGAGGUUCCUUCCCGUGAGGAUGCUCAGGUUUUGGAGAACCGCACUGUCUACCAAGCUCUUCUGCAGAACGUCGAUAUCUUCGGACGUCCUCCCAAGCGUUUCUACGAAGCUCUUUCCGAGUAUGCCUCUGAUGAGGCUGAGAAGACUCAACUUCUCCUUCUCGGUACCGGCGGUAACCAGGAGGCUCAAGUUGACUUCAAGCGUCGUGCCGAGGUUGACACUGUCACCUACGCCGACCUCCUGCUUGAAUUCCCUUCUGCUCACCCUUCGUUCCACGACAUCGCUCGUCUCGUUGCUCCUAUGAAGCGUCGUGAGUACUCUAUCGCCUCUUCGCAGAGAGUCACUCCCAACAGUGUCACUCUCUGUAUCGUCACUGUCAACUGGGUAGACCCCAAGGGUCGUGACCGCUUCGGUCAGGCUACUCGCUACCUCAAUGCUCUUGAGGUUGGCAAGACCGUCACUGUCUCUGUCAAGCCCUCGGUCAUGAAGCUCCCCCACAAGUCCACCGCUCCUAUCAUCAUGGCUGGUCUCGGUACGGGUCUUGCUCCCUUCCGCGCCUUUGUCCAGGAGCGUGCCUGGCAGAAGGAGCAGGGCAUGGACAUCGGUGCUGUCAUGCUUUACAUGGGUUCUCGUCACCAGAAGGAGGAAUACUUGUACGGUGAGGAAUGGGAAGCCUACAAGGAUGCCGGCAUCAUUACCCACAUGGGUUGUGCCUUCUCUCGUGAUCAGCCCGAGAAGAUCUACAUUCAGGACCGCAUGCGUGAGACCCUGAAGGAGAUCCGCCAGGCUUACCUCCGCGAGGAGGGUGCCUUCUACCUCUGUGGUCCUACUUGGCCCGUGCCAGAUGUCACCAACGUCCUCGAGGAGGCCAUCGAGGUCGAGGCCAAGGAGGCCGGCAAGAAGGUCGACUCGCGCAAGGUCAUUGACCAGCUCAAGGACGAGGAGAGAUACGUUCUCGAGGUCUACUAGAUGCAGCAAUCUGUCGCUUGUUCAAAAAAUGUGUUUUGCAGCUUCUUGUAAAUAGAAUAGUAUAUUGUUGAUAUGGAGAAUGAAUUCGUAGAAUAUGAUUUUCGCAUGAUCUCGAUCAAACCUGC